CCCGGUCCGCCUGCGCCCCCUCCGCCGCCUCCGGGGGGUCCAAUGUCGCAGCAGAAUCUCAACCAGAUAGUCAUUGAUUAUCUCGCCAAGAAAGGCUACAGUCGCACGGAGGCUAUGCUGCGUAUUGAGUCGGCGCAUCAAGAAAUCGAUGGCCGUCCUCCUAUGCCCCCUCUUGGCGAAGAUGCGCGUCCCAAGUAUAGGAUGGGCUUUGACUUACUCAAGGUCUGGGUCGAGGACAACUUGGAUCUAUACAAGCCUGAACUUAGACGUGUGCUCUGGCCACUCUUCGUCUACACCUUCAUCAACAUGAUCUCUUCUUUCAAACCUCAAGACGCGAAGCAGUUUUUCGACCUGAAUAAGAACCUCUUUCUUCCCGAACAUACCGAAGAUGUUCGCGCAUUGGAGCCGAUCGCUCUUCCAGAGCAUGUGCAAGCCAAUUCAACCGCCAAGCUCUAUCGUACCAACAAAUACCGCUUGGUUCUGAGCAACCCGGCCUUUUCCAAUCUCAUGCAAUUUCUGGAGAGUAAGCAGAAGGAAGGUGGCUCGGACAUGACUGCCAUCUUGAGCAGCUACUGCACUAUCAUCACCAAGGAGCGUACCGCCGACGACCGGUUCAGCUUUGCAGCCAUGCUGGGCCAAAGUGACGGCCAAACAUUUCCCAGCGAAGAUGAGGGCAUUCCCGGACAUCACCCUGGUUCUGCAUACACCGGAGAUAACCCGAACAUGGCGGGAACGCUGCCCAGGCUUAAGCUCGGAAAGCUUCCGCUGGAAGAAACACUCGAAACCGAUGUGAGAGGCGAGCUGGCCGAUGAAGAUGCCAAGAACCCUCCAGGCCUUGGACAAAACACUCUGAUCCAGGAAUUCGAUCAGAUGAUCAAGAAGGAGGAGGAGGACGAAGCGCCGACUCGCGCUGAUAUCCCUUACCCCCCAUCGACUGCUCGUGAUGUGGCCAUCGAGAUUCAGAGGGUCAAGGAAAACCGCGAUAGGUUCAGGAUUGAAGGCAGGACGGGUGGUGUCGGUCCCGCUGUGAGCGUCUGCAUGUUCACCUUCCACAACACGUAUGAUGGUAUCAAUUGCCUGGAUUUCUCAGAUGACCUCCUGCUCGUCGCAGCCGGUACACAGGAGUCAUAUAUUCGUGUCUGGAGCAUGGAUGGCAAGAAGAUCCAGUCAACCUACGAUGCCAUGGAUGAGACUCCGUCAAAUUCCCGCCGUUUGAUCGGACACUCCGGGCCGGUUUACGCAGUUGCAUUCGCUCCAUCAAUUACCCGCGCGGACAACGCCGUGGCGCCGACUAAUGCUCGUUGGUUGCUCUCGUCUUCCGCAGACAAGACCAUCCGCCUUUGGUCCUUGGACCUCUGGCAGUGCAUGGUCGUUUACAAGGGUCAUGACCAGCCCGUCUGGGAUCUCCAGUGGGGCCCAUACGGCCACUACUUUGCUACUGGCGGCCAUGAUAAGACAGCGCGCCUUUGGGUGACGGAUCAUAUCCGUCAACAGCGUAUCUUCGUUGGCCAUGACCAAGAUGUCGACUGCAUAUGCUUCCACCCGAACUCUGCCUACGUCUUCACCGGUAGCUCCGACCACACGGUCCGCAUGUGGGCGGUUACCACUGGUAACGCUGUCCGUAUGUUCACCGGGCAUACUGGAAACAUCACUGCCUUGUCGUGUAGCCGCGAUGGAAAACUCCUUGCAUCGGCAGAUGACCAAGGAUCGAUCCUGCUGUGGGACCUUGCACCUGGAAGACUUCUGAAGCGCAUGCGCGGCCAUGGCAAGGGCGGCAUCUGGUCCUUGAGCUGGAGCGUUGAAUCGACUGUGCUCGUGUCCGGCGGCGCCGACGGCACCGUCCGCGUGUGGGACGUCACCGGUCCGGCCCAGGACCCUUCGCAGGGACGUGUCGUCGGCGAGGGCGGCGCUGGCACCAAGGUCGAUGGCGGAAACCCGCCCGCAGCCAGCACUCAAGCUUCCGGCUCCGUGGGGCCGGGCCUAGGCAAGAAGAAGGGCAAAGAUGUGGUGGUGACGCCUGACCAGAUCAGCGCUUUUCCCACGAAGAAGAGUCCGGUCUACAAGGUGAAAUUUACGAAUAUGAACUUGAUCAUUGCUGGGGGCGCUUAUCUUCCCUGAGGGUGAUUUGUAUGCAACAUGGCGCCAGAUACCCGUUUCUCUCUUGUCUUUCCUUUUUUUUUUUUUUUUUUUUUUU